AUGCGUCCACCCGCAUUAACACGUGGGGCGAAGCCCCCGAGUACACCAACAUCGAUGCAUCGGGUACCACAGACCAGGCCUGAACCUGAUUACGAAGUUGUGGAAUUUCCAAGCGACCAAUACGUCAAUGCGAAAAUACAGCCGCCGCCACCGCCACCGCCACGACCGCCCACAGGUCACCCGGUCGACGCAGGCGCAUCGUGCGGUCUUUGUGGAGGAGGUGGAGCGCGCGUGCGCUGCACUGAAUGUGGACGCCGCGCACUGUGUGCCUCCUGUGAUGACAUGUACCACCGACACCCCAAAAGGAGACAUCAUCAGCGACAGGCUUUAUCGGCAACACAGUUACGCGAGGAAAGGCCACCGCUACCCCCGAAGGCAGGGCCUCCAGUGCCACCGCCGCGUAAACAUAAGAUAAGCGGCGAUAGAAUGAGUGCUAGUCCAAAACCUCCAUCCGUGUUAGACCAAAGAAGAGCUACCCUCAGUUCUCCACACCAUGCAGCUAUGAUGAUGGGAGCGCACAGCCAGGGAUCGCAUGUGCCACCUGCCAACCUCAUUCAAGCACCCCAACAUCAUCAACAGAUGCCUUUGCAUCUACAAACUAAAAUGACUACAACACCCACACCUAACCACCUCGGUAGCAUGCCUUUUCUUCCGACAAAUAUGCAUAUUGCCGGGAGUCAUCAUGCUGCAAUGCCAGGGCAGUCCAACACACUGGCUCAUAUGAAUACAGCUUGGAAUCGCCCUCGUGGAUCAUUACAAGGAUUUAGCGGGCAUCCGAACAUGCAUGCGCCAACUGAACAGUGGGAUAAUUCCGACAACAUGGCUCCCACAAUGCAAAAUUGGGGUCGGCCGCUACGUCGUGGUGCAUCUGUACUCGAACUGGGUGGUGGCCCGGCUACUAGUUGCGCCGGCUGCGCUCAUUGCGCCCCAGUUCCAUGGCGGUAUGGUAGCUGUGCCAGCCUCGACCAUCCCUGGGCAAACACCAGCCCUGGGUGGGCGCCGACAUGUUGCACACCUGGCCAUCCCACUCAUGGUGUACAACCGCAUCCACAUCUACCUCCACAAACACCCCAACCUUAUCGCAGAGCUGAGAGCCGCACAGUAUCUCGUGCUGCAUCUCGUGCUGGUUCACGUGCAGCAUCUCCGGCUAUGAGCGUGCGGUCUCGCACGUCUCGACGAAUGAAACAUCGUACACCAUCGCCGCCGCCACUGCCAUCAAGUGAUGCCGAUUCAGAAAGUGAAAGUGAGAGUGAUCAUGGCCCGCCAAGUAAAACACAAGAAAAAGAAGAAGAUUCUCUUGGACCUGCCCCUCCACCGCCGAGCUCUUCCUGGCAGUGUGAACAUUGCACUUUCGUCAAUGAACCCGGUGUACGAGUUUGUGCCAUCUGCUGCCGCACUCCCGUUUCAGUACCUAAAACUAUUACGAAGGAGCUUAGCGAAAAUGUGGAAAGACUGAGAAUCACUCAGAAACAAACACCCUCACCUGCACGCACUACCGAAGAGCCCCGAUAUGAUCGAGAAAUAGAGAAACCUAAAACUAAACCGAAAAAAGAACGUACUUCGACUGGCUGUGGGCCAUCGCCGCCUCGAGAAGGGAACACUGCAAAAAAACAAGUAAACCGACUUGUUACACCGACUAGGGAAUCAAGUGCUAAUAACCACGAUGACAAGUUACAAGGAAGACAUGAUAUGGGAGUUGGGCCAUCGCCACCCCGCGAAGUUAAGAAUAGUACAAAUAAUAUGGACAUGAGCACAGAGAUAUCACCUCCACGAGACAUAAAUAAAACGAUGAGAGUUUCCCCAUAUCGCGACAGCAGACAAUCACCACGACCAGAAGUCCCCAAGAGGCACAGUAUAUCUGUAGGACCUUCACCGCCCCGAGACAAUGCUUAUGUUAACGCACCUCUCAAACAACUUUCAACAAAUAAUCAAAAAAAGUCCACUGGCACGUCUCCACCGCGAGACGCCAUUGAACGACAAUAUCCAUCGCCAGCCACCAAUAAGAGCAAUGUAUCGAACACUGGUACAUCACCACCUCCACAAAGCAUCUCUACGCAGACAUAUGAAGUGCCGAAUACAACUGCGUGGGAACGCGCAUCAUCUGUAUCCCGGUCGCGCCCACGUAGACGGUUUCGAGAUGAAGCCAGAAGAGAGCGAUCUCAAAGUAGACAUUCCAUGUCUAGUGAUACCCGUGAAAGCGACCGAAGUAUUCGCACUGCCGGUCCAGGCAACAGGUGGGAUUGGCGCGAACGUGACAGUAGCCCUGGAGGAGAAUGGGGAGAUGGUUAUAAUCGACUAUCUCGUCGCGCAUCACAUUUAGACCUCCGUCGUAGUCGCCCUAACCGACGAUCGACGUAUUAUGGUUCCGAGGCAGCAUCUCCAGAACGUCAAUCGAGCAGAGCAAUUUCCCUUGAAGCACUGGCAGGAACCGGUGCCAAACGAGAAGCAGAAAGAGGAAUAGAGUUGGCUCAAAUGAUGGCUGAAGCUGAAAGGCUAGGUUUUAGUGCUGCAGAAGUGCAAGCAGCGCUAACACAAAGUCCAGCAUCACCAUUAUCAUGGUUGCGAGAACGUUGGCCGAGCCUUUGUGCGGGCGUGCGUGCUGCCGCGGCACGUCUAGCACCAAAUGCAGCUAUCUCAGAGUUAGAAGCCAGAGCUGCUCUCGCUAGACAUAGAGGAGCAAUGUGGCCAGCUGUGACAGAAUGUGUGGAAAGACACAAACGACAGACGGAGAUUAUGGGCGUCGGAGAAGAAGGCAGGUUACGCGGGCAUGUUUGGGGGUCCCCUGUUGGCGUAGACGACGACGCAGCUCCUCCUCGCUCUUCAUCCCGCCACUCUCACCGCAUGCGCGAAGAUAGUUCAGAUGAGUUUGAAGCACCGACACCGGCUAGAUUUCAAGAUGACGACUGGAUGUACUUACCACUAAACGUUAAUUUAAAUGAUUACGAAAGAGAAGCCAACUAUUUAGAAAAUAAUACCGUGGACCAGGCCAAUGUCGAAAAUAAGGAUGAUGUGGCAAAAAAAUUAAAAAUGUUGCUUCAAGAAGCCGGAGUUCCUGCAAUUAACGAAAAACUGCUUCUACAAGGGCUGCUAGCAGGCAAACCACUAUUUGAACCUCAAGUUAAUGCCAGUGCUAGUCCAAAGUCACAAUCAAUAGAUCUAGACCAAUCUGAAAAUGAUUUCAUUGAUGCCUAUAAUGCCUUGACGAGAUCAAGCCCAUUACCAAAUAUAAACACAACCACAAAUAGUACUGAAAUGUUUAAUAGCAACAAAGUAGUUUCUCAGAAUGAUUCAAUAAACGGAGAAAUUAUGAAUGAAACAGCAAACGGUAGAAUAGAGACAGUAAAUGAAAUUACUAAUCAAAAUACACAAUCCAUAACAAAUUCAAAACAAAUCACAAAAAUAGAUCACAAACAAUUAUCAAAAGUUAAACAAAACAACCAAUUGCCAACAAAACGCGACCAAAAUGAAAAAAAUAUCGUAGAUAAAGCACACACCAGUACCAAUGAACUUAUUCCAUUAAUAAACUCAUCCGCUAACCAUAUCAAUUUAAAUGCUCAAAAUCUAAAUAAAAAUGAAAGUUUCGUUGAAAGUAACACUAGCCACUUUCAUAAAAAUCAUAAAUCUGAAGAAAAUUUAUCAGAUCGAAAUAAUCAAAGACAAAUCGAUGAAAAAUCUAAUCUUAAUGACAUUGUUGAUAAUACACAAAGGCUAAUUCAACAGAUGAAAGAAGAAAUUAAUUCAGAUAUAAAUUCUAUUGACGGUAGAACUAUGUCACAUAGUGAAGGGGAAUCCAGUUCUGAUGAAACAAACGAUGAACAAGAAUCUAGCUAUAGUGACACUGAAGAAAGAACGGAAAAUAUGACUUCCGAUGAAAAAGAACUGACAAGUUCUGAAGAUGAAGGUCCUUCUGAAAAGCAACAUGCCAUGCAGUAUCAUAUGACAAGUUCUGAAGAAAAUGACAAUUUUGAAGAAGCUUUAGAUCAUGUAGAAAAUCAGUUAGAAGACUUUAAACAUGCCAAUAUAGAAAUGCUAGAUUCCAUAGCUCGUACUUUACAAGAAGAACAUACUUUUACUGUAGAAGUAGAUGAAACACCAAAAACCGACGCUCCAAAACCUUUAAGAAAGGAAGAUGUGAAUAAUAAUGUUUUUGUUGCUGUUAACAGCUUUGAGGAAAUUUACGAAGAACUGAGUACACAAAACAAUAGCGAUAAAAACGUUAGCAGUAAAAGCCAAUUUAAUCUAAAUGUGGAACAGGUUGCAAUACCCAGAAACAUUGACCUAUUAGCAAGAGAGGCGGUUUUUUUCUCUGUAAUGCAAACUAUAGCUCCAACUAAAUUAGUCAUCUCUGAAAAUGUCCUUCCUAUCUUAAAUGCUAAAUUAGGAACUGUUCAAGAAACAGACAAUAUGAAUUCUAAUACAGGUAAUGUUUCUUCACCACAACAGACUAAUGAAGAAGUUACAUCCAAUUCGGUUGAACCAUUAGUUGAACAAGAUUCCUCACCUACGGGAAUAGAAAUACAACCUGUGUCAAAUCAAGCACAAUUUUUAGAAACCACAAACGAAAGUUCUGAUGACCAUCCAGGAGAAAUGUUGAAUUCAGAAGAACCUCAGCCAUUACUACCAGAUGCUGACGAUGUACAUACAGAACCAGAAGCAUUAAAUAUAAGUGAAAAUAAUAUUAAUAAUGAAGACUCCAUUAAAGAUACUCCCAUAAGUUUAGAAGAAGCUGGUAAUGGUCAGAAUGUUGAAUCUGAACAGAUUCCAGCUAGUACAUCAAAUGAUAACAGUAUUAAUAAAAACACCAUAGCUAGUAAGUCUAACAUACCUAAGCUAGUAAGAAUUAUACCUAAUAACAAGUUAAAGAACGAUAAAAAUUCUCCUAAAUUAAUCGUUUCGAAAGUCCCAGUGCGUCGAACAUCAAUUAAGCAAUAUCCUGCACCGGCUCCGCCUAAAUCUCAUUUUGGUAAUAUUCAAAGUGGCCAUGUUAAACAAUUACAAACUAGACUGUUUAAUAACAAAACAGCCAAACCUAUAAACCCUACAUCAUCUGAGACAAUAGAAGUAAAGCCAUCCACUUCAACAAUGACUAAGAAAAAACCAGCGCCACCUCCACCCAUACAAAUGAAACAAGAGAAACAGCCCUCGCCUUCUAAGAUUGUAACAACUCCAAAAGAAAAGAAACCAUUUUUCCGAGAAACUUGUCGAACAGAAGACGAAUGGACCGAUAGUGAUUCGGACGACUCACAAAUGCAAUUUGUAAGACCAGUUGAAGAACCCAAACAAUCACCGCCAUCACCACCUCCACCUAUUACAAUGCGGCGAGUUUCAGGUCAAAUUAUUGAUUUAGCUAAAAUAAGACUUCCAGAAGGCUCACCUGAGAGACAAGCACGAAUGCUAUUAGCAGAAGGCGCAACAGAAACUUGGGAGCAAGCGCAGCUCGCUGUAGAACUCGUAUCCCGAGGUGCUGACCCGCCAGCGGCCCUUUUAGCUGCACUUGAAUGCAUUGACUUAUCAUCUGCUCUUGCUUAUUUAUACCAAGAUUGUGAACUCUGUGCAUCUCGACUUCCAGAACAUGAAAUGGUUUCAAUGUUGCGUUGUACGCACCGAUGCUGUCGUGAAUGCGCACAUCAUUAUUUCACUGUACAAAUAACAGAACGAAGUAUCGCAGACUGCGUCUGUCCGUACUGUAAACUUCCUGAACUGGAAAAUUUGCCUGAAGAUGCUUGGCUUGAAUAUUUUGCACAUUUGGAUAUACUUUUAAAAACCCUGCUUGAAGUAGAUGUGCACGAGUUGUUUCAAAGAAAGUUACGAGACCGCACCUUAGCUCGUGAUCCGAACUUCAGGUGGUGCAUGGAAUGUUCUUCAGGGUUUUUUGUCCACCCCAAGCAAAAGAAAAUACGUUGUCCGGAAUGUCGAUCAAUAAGUUGUGCUAGUUGUAGGAAACCGUGGAAUGCUAAUCAUGAAGGACUAAGUUGUGAGCAAUAUACUGCGUGGUUGGAGGACAACGAUCCAGAGCGUUCGAUGACGGCGAUACAGCAACAUUUACGGGACAAUGGCCUCGAAUGUCCACGGUGUCACUUUAAGUACUCCUUAUCUAGAGGAGGUUGUAUGCAUUUCACUUGUACACAAUGCAAAUAUGAAUUCUGCUAUGGCUGCGGGAAGCCUUUCACCAUGGGUGCACGGUGCGGCCUCAGUGACUACUGUGCCAAAUUGGGACUUCACGCACAUCAUCCUAGAAACUGUUUGUUUUAUUUAAGAGACAAAGAGCCACAUGAAUUACAAACCUUACUUCAGAUGAACAACGUGACUUACGAGACAAAUGCAUCGGAGGGUAGUACAGGGCGAUGCCCGGUGCAACUACAACGAGAAACCCCGACGGGACUAGUAGACGGGACAUGUGGUAGUGAAGCACCAGCUAACUAUGCGGGGCUCUGCAAGGCGCACUACGUGGAGUACCUGGCGGGGCUGGCGCGUGGCCUCGACCCUAUCCCCAUCAUGGACGUGAGCGAGCUCGUGGCCGAGCUGCGCCGCCGCGCGCUGCCGCUGCCCGAGCGCGGUCCAUGGGACACUGACCCCAUCUAUGCCGGGAUGUGUGCCGAGAUUGUGAAAGAAAAGAUUCCAUUGGAUUGA